AUGGUUGCAGAUUAUGCUCAUUUUAGAUAUGUAGUGUGUUUUGAUACUACUUAUCGCACUAAUCAAAAUUUACGAUCAUUUUCUCCCUUCGUUGCAUUCAAUCAUCAUCGAGAAAGUGUCUUAUUUGGUGCCACGUUGUUGUACGAUGAAACAGCUGAAUCAUUUGGGUGGUUGUUUAGAACUUUUCUUAAGGUUGUUUAUGGUAAAAAUCCGAAGACUAUUUUCACAGAUCAAGAUCCUGCAAUGGAGUUGCAAAGUUGUAUUUAUGAAUGUCAAUAUGAGAAUGGCUUUCUUAAUGCUUGGGAGUCAUUACUUGAAAGACACAACCUUCAUCAAAAUAAAUGGAUGCAAGAUUUCUUCAAGAAGAAAGAAAAAUGGGCUUUAGUAUAUGGAAGACACAGUUUUUCUGCUGGUGCCACAACAACACAAUUAAGUGAGAGUUUUAAUGGUCGUUUAAGUCUUUACAUGAAGCCCACCUUCAAUAAAUUAGAAUUUUUCAGGAACUUUGAUAGGUUGCUAGAAGACAUGCGAUAUAAAGAAAUAGAGUCUACCUAUGAAAUGAGUCAGAAGAUGCCACCACUAAGUAUGAAUAUCAUGUUAUUGAAAAAUGCAAGAGAUGUCUACACACCAACAAUUUUCCGUCUAGUUUGUGGGGACUAUGAAAAAUCUUGUAAUCUUGUUGUAAAAAAAUGCACACAAAAGUUGCACUUAUAUGAAUAUGAGGUGAGUUUGUUUGGAGACAUGAGAGAACAUAAGGUUACCUUUAGUUCUGAAGAUCAAAGUAUUGAGUGUAGUUGUCAACUUUUUCAAUUUAUUGGAAUCCUUUGUUGUCAUGCUCUUCGAGUACUUAAUCAUUUGAAUAUAGUUGUUAUUCCUCCGAAAUACAUUCUUAAGAGGUGGACUAGGGAUGCUCGAAGUGGAUGUGUGAUAAAUAGCAAAGGACAAAUCAUCAAAGAAGACCUAAGGUUAGAUGCCUCAAAGCGCUUUAAGGAUUUGUGUCGUGUUGCAGUAGAAAUAUCAAGUAAGGCUGCUGAAUGUGUAGACGCUUCAACAUAUCUUUCAAAAAAAUUGAUGGAAGUAGCCAUUGGAGUUGAUAAUAUCAUAAAUAAAAGAACAUUCCCACCAAGUGAUUGUCAAACUAUUGAAUAUAGACAAGAUGACACAUCCAUUAUUUCAAAUAAAAGUGGAGAUGCAUCUCAAAUCAAGGGUAUAAAAAAGAAAGACGAUGUAUCUCGUCUUAAAGGUAGACCUAAAAGUUGUUUGGAGAAAAAAAUCUAG